GGGCCCCGCGGGCUCCUGGGCAAGCUCCUUGUGUGGGAUGUACGAGCGGAGGUCACCAUGGGGCUGAAGGCUGCCCAGAAGAACCUGUUCCCUCUGCGUUCCAUCGAUGAUGUGGUGAGGCUCUUCGCAGCCGAGCUGAACCGGGAGGAGCCCGACUUGGUGCUGCUGUCCCUGGUGCUGGGCUUUGUGGAGCAUUUCCUGGCAGUCAAUCGUGUGAUCCCCACCAAUGUGCCUGAGCUCACCUUCCAGCCCAGUCCAGCCCCCGAUCCCCCGGGGGGCCUCACCUACUUCCCUGUGGCUGACCUCUCCAUCAUCGCGGCCCUCCAUGCCAGGUUCACGGCCCAGAUCCGGGGCGCUGUGGACCUGUCUCUCUACCCCCGAGAGGGGGGUGUUUCUAGCCGAGAGCUGGUAAAGAAGGUCUCAGAUGUCAUAUGGAACAGCCUGAGCCGUUCCUACUUCAAGGACCGUGCUCACAUCCAGUCCCUUUUCAGCUUCAUCACAGGCACCAAGCUGGACAGCUCCGGGGUGGCCUUUGCAGUGGUGGGGGCCUGCCAGGCCCUGGGCCUCCGAGAUGUCCACCUGGCCCUAUCUGAGGACCACGCCUGGGUUGUGUUUGGCCCUGAUGGAGAACAGACGGCUGAGGUUACAUGGCAUGGGAAAGGCAAUGAGGAUCGACGGGGUCAGACAGUGAACGCCGGCGUGGCUGAGCGAAGCUGGUUGUACCUAAAGGGUUCCUAUUUGCGCUGUGACCGCAAGAUGGAGGUGGCCUUCAUGGUGUGUGCUAUCAAUCCGUCCAUUGAUCUGCACACGGACUCUCUGGAGCUGCUGCAGCUCCAGCAGAAACUUCUCUGGUUGCUUUAUGACUUGGGACACCUGGAAAGGUACCCAAUGGCUCUGGGAAACCUGGCGGACCUGGAGGAGCUGGAGCCAACACCUGGCCGGCCAGACCCUCUCACCAUCUACCAUAAGGGCAUCGCCUCUGCCAAGACCUACUAUAGGGACGAGCACAUCUAUCCCUACAUGUACCUGGCUGGCUACCACUGCCGUAAUCGAAAUGUCCGAGAAGCCCUGCAGGCCUGGGCGGACACAGCCACCGUCAUCCAGGACUACAAUUACUGCCGGGAGGAUGAGGAAAUCUACAAGGAAUUCUUUGAGGUGGCCAAUGACGUGGUCCCCAACCUGCUGAAGGAGGCUGCCGCCCUGGCAGAGGCUGGGGAAGAUCGAGGUGGUGAGCAUGCUCAGGGCUCCCCGGCCCAGGGUUCAGCCCUGCAGGAUCCCGAGUGCUUUGCCCACCUCCUGCGCUUCUAUGAUGGCAUCUGUAAGUGGGAGGAGGGCAGUCCAACACCUGUGCUGCACGUGGGCUGGGCCACCUUCCUGGUGCAGUCGUUGGGACGCUUCGAGGGGCAGGUCCGGCAGAAGGUCCGGAUUGUUAGCCGGGAGGCAGAGACGGCAGAGACUGAGGAGCCCUGGGGAGAGGAGGCCCGGGAAGGCCGAAGGAGGGGCCCCCGGCGAGAGUCCAAGCCUGAGGAGCCGCCACCCCCCAAGAAGCUGGCCCUGGACAAGAACAUCCCCAGGAGGCCUGGGGUGACCCCAGGGGUUCCCAAGGGCCCCGAAGGGGGAGGACCAGUCCCAGCCCCAGCCCCUCCGGCCUCCCCGCCCCCUGAGGGCCCUGUGCUCACCUUCCAGAGUGAGAAGAUGAAGGGCAUGAAGGAAUUGCUGGUGGCCACCAAGAUCAAUUCCAGUGCCAUUAAGCUACAGCUCACUGCCCAGUCCCAAGUGCAGAUGAAAAAACAGAAGGUGUCCACACCCAGCGACUACACUCUGUCUUUCCUCAAGAGGCAGCGAAAGGGGCUCUGAGGGGCCCCUCCUCUCCCUGGGCCCUGCCCUAGUUCUGGGCCUGGGCCAUCCUGGAUCCCCGGAGUAAGCCCGAGGGCCCCGGGGGUAGCUUAACCCUUUCCUGCCUGUUUGUACAUAGAUUUAUUUUUCAGUCUCCAGGAAGAUAAAUAAAUUUUUGUAACAAAACCGA